UCUCUUUCUCUCUUAAGCAACUUCACUUACCUCUCUUGAGAUUGACACAUUUUUAAAAAAUGGCGUUGCAAUUUUCUUCAUGCAGACCAAAACCUACCUUGUUCUUUAUUCUUCUUUGUCUUCCUCUACUUUUGCUUGUUUCUUCCUCAUUAGCUGACCUCUCUUUCAACUUCUAUGCUGGUUCUUGUCCUGGAGCUGAGUUAAUCGUGAGGAACACUGUUAGAUCUGCUGCUUCCUCUGAUCCAUCAGUUCUUGGGAAGCUUUUACGUCUCAUCUUCCAUGAUUGCUUCGUUCAGGGUUGUGAUGGCUCAGUGUUGAUUCGAGGGAACGGUACAGAGCGAAGCGACCCUGGAAACGCGUCUUUAGGAGGAUUCGCUGUUAUUGAAAACGUUAAAAAUGUUCUCGAAAUCUUUUGUCCGGGCACAGUUUCUUGCGCUGAUCUCCUUGUUCUUGCUGCUAGAGAUGCAGUAGAAGCACUUGGAGGACCAGUAGUUCCAAUACCGACAGGGAGAAGAGACGGGACGGUCUCAAUGGCAGCAAAUGUGAGACCAAACAUCAUCGAUACCGAUUUCACAGUUGACAAGAUGAUCAAUAUCUUUUCCUCUAAAGGCUUAUCUAUUCAAGAUCUAGUCGUUCUCUCUGGAGCGCACACGAUUGGAGCUGCGCAUUGUAACACAUUCAACAGCAGGUUUAAGCUUGGUCCCAAAGGCAACUUAGAGCUCAUAGACUCAUCUCUUGAUAACUCCUAUGCGCAAACACUUUUGAACAAGUGUUCAUCUUCGUUGGAUCCUACAACCACGGUCGUGGAUAACGAUCCAGAGACAUCGUCCACGUUCGAUAACCAGUACUACAAGAAUCUGAUAGCUCACAAGGGUUUGUUUCAGACGGAUUCAGCUCUCAUGGAAGAUGAUCGGACGAGGAAGAUUGUUGAGAUUCUUGCGAAUGAUCAGGAGAGUUUCUUUGAGAGAUGGACUGAGUCGUUUAUGAAGAUGAGUGUGAUGGGUGUGAGAGUUGGUGAGGAAGGUGAGAUCAGACGCUCUUGUUCUGCUGUUAAUUAAACAGAGACUAGACCGAUCAUG